ACCAAUCCAUGCUCACAAAUUCUCCUCCUUACAAAAAAAAUGUCCCAAUUUGACAUUAGUUCACCAAAACAUUGCGCCAAGAAAGGUUUUCACUUCAACUUUCUUAAUAAAAAACUCUUUAAAAUCCUCUUCACUCUAAUCUUAUCAAUCAUCUCAUUAAUCCUCCUAAUUUGGUUCAUUCUCCACCCUACUAAACCUCAAUUUAUCCUACAACAAACCGACAUUUACCAACUAAAUUUCUCGUCCCCUCACAUCCUAAACUCCUCCAUAAUCAUCACAUUAGAAGCGCGAAACGCGAAUCAAAGAGUCGGUAUUUACUACGACGAGUUACAAGCGUCUGUGUCCUACAAAGGACAACAAAUUACACUACACACAUUAAUACCACCUUUUUAUCAAUCCCCACAAGACAGCAAUUUACUAUCAGCUUCUCUUGUUGGAAAUGCUCUUCCUGUGGCUCCUUCAAUUGGUUAUCAACUAGAACGGGAUGAGCAGACAGGGAUGAUCAUACUCGUACUCAAAAUUGAUGGACGACUAAGAUGGAAAGUCUCGAGUUGGGUCUCAGGAAGGUAUCGUAUGAAUGUUAAUUGUGUUGCUAUUCUCCGUCUUGAUCCAACAAGUCCUCUUAGUUCAAAGCAGGGGACUCAAUGUUCUACCAACAUUUAGUAUUAGAAUAUGAUAAAUUUGUUAUUGGAUUUGCACAUAUUAAAAUUCGCAUAAGAGGAGAGUUGGCUGCACACAAAUCCGAAAAGGUUUUAUCUUAAAACUAAUUGGUAAUAGGAUGAGUGGCUCAUCAAGUUAUAUAUUAGUCAAUCUCUCUUUAAUUAUUCAAUACGAGAUUACAUGCUUGUGGGCUAUUUUUCCAAUGGAACAUACUCUUAUAGGCUAUAGAUCAUGUAGCUAGUUCAAUAAAGAAUAUUACUUAUAAGAUUCAUGUAUAGAAUCAUAGUAUCUCACAUUCUCUCAAUCAUAUUGAUUCAUAUCUGUGUAUAUGAUAAAUGAAUUUGAUAAGGAAUUAUAAAGGUAGAACUACAAAAUGACAAAGAUGAUUAUUAAAGAUAUAAUAUGCUAUAUAUUAUGUUUGAUUUCGGUUUAUAAUGUACUAUGUUAAAAUAGUACAUUAAAUCACGUGUAUUUGGUAUUUGCAACUAAAAAUCUAUCGGAAAUAACAUCUUUGAUAUCACUAACAAGGGUAAGAUCGUAUACAUUUGCCUCCUAAACCCUACAUGGGAGCCAUGUUAUCUUUUGAUAAAUUCGUUAACGGGCUUGUAUACACAAGAAUCACGUAAGAGGAGAGUUGACUGCACAUAAAUCCGACGAGGUUCCUUGUACACAACAAAAACCACAUAUGAGGAUAGUUGACUGCACAUAAAUCCGACGAGAUUCCAUCCUAAAACCAAUCGGUAAACAUCAAACUUAUAUAUUAGUCAAGCUCCCUCUAAUUGUUGGAUAUAAGAUUACACGUAUGUUAUUUUUCCAACAUAUUAUAUUAUCUGAAUACUUAUUGCUUUAUGAGUAAAUCAGUGAAUAUUUGGUAGUGCUUUUGAAUACAGAGGAUGAGAAGAUCCUGUCUGUUCCCAAUUGGGGUAUGUGAUUAAUUAUAGGCAAAGGGUAAAAGAAAGGAUAAAGAGGCUGACAAAUUAAGAUUCCAAAGGGAAGAAAAGGGCAAACAGAAAAGAGGUGAAAUGGUGAAAUCUUUGGCAUUAAGGAAUCUUUGAUCAUUAUAUUUUCUAAAUCCCUCAAAAAUCUUACUCUUGCAGAGCAACAACUUGAUGGGUCACUUGUUCUUAAGAAUAGAGACUUGUCAACUAGUAAAUAAAUCUCUCUUCUAUUCAAGUAACGUGUUUCAUUUGACUUUUUGUUAAAUUUUAAAUAGUAAAAUGAGAUCACAUACGAAAAAAAGAGUGUGUUUUUAAAUUUUAAUAGAGGUA